AUGCCAAUCCUGCUGUGCUGUGUCAGGGCUUCUUUUGCAGAUGCUUUUCAUGCCCGGAUCUCCAAGAGGCUGAUCAUUACCGCUUCCUACCGGAGAAGUGCGUACGAAUAUGCCGCGGUUUCUUCCGUCGUCACGCCUGAUGGCAUGCGCACAUCCGAUGGCAAGCUUCACGAGCUAGACGUCAUCAUCAUUGCGACCGGCUUUGCCGCAGUAGACGGGGCAUACGCCACUAUAGACAUCCAGGAACGUCGGAAGGGCGAAAGCCUGGGCGAUGGCUGGAAGCGAGUCGGUCUGAAGUCCUACAUGGGCUGUUGUGUUCUGGGCCCGCUGAUCGGGUUUUCGAAUGUUCCUCCACUGGCAGAAACCCACGUCGAUUUUGCGAGGGACCUUAUUAGACAAGCCGAAGAGAUAGCCAAGCGAAAAGGCACCGUCGUGGUUGUUUAG